AUGAGAUGUGUAACAUACAAAUGUGUAUUAAUAUUUAUUAUAAUAAAAUGUGUCAAAUCACAAGACAAUAAUCCUGAUCAGCCUGCUGAUGAAGAGGAUGAGGAGGACAACUUUGAAGUUUUAGACCUAGAUAAAAUCAUUCAACAACGACUUGAUCGUUUUGAGGAUCCUCAAUAUCAACCUCAACCAGAACCUCAGUAUCAACCUGAACCAGAUCAAUAUCAACAAGUAUUACAGUAUCAACCUGAGACAACAUAUUAUCAACAAGAAUUAUCAGUAUAUCAACCUCAACAGUAUGAUCAGUAUCAACCUCAACAUUAUCAAUCGUAUCAAGCACCAACUCAUCCUACAGGUCAACAAUAUGUUGGUUAUCAAUAUUAUGAACAAUCAGGAGUUAGUCAACCAGGUCAAUAUUAUAUACCUCCAGUAACUCAACCUACUCAACAACCAAGUUAUCAAAAUUACUACCCUGGGUAUCCUCCACAUCAACCAUCCUAUCAACAUCAGUAUUACGAACCUCCAGUAACUCAACCUGCUCAACAACAACAGUAUUAUCAACCUAGUCAACCUACUCAGACUCAGCCUCAACUACCACAACCACAGUAUGAGUAUUAUGAACCUACUACUACUCAAACUCAACAACCAGAACAGUAUUAUGAUCCUAGUCAUCCUACCCAACAACAACAUUAUUAUGAACCUCCUCAUACUCAAACAGAAGUAACUCAGCCUCAGUCACCUCAAACUCAAUCAGAAACUUUAGAAGAGGAUGAUAAUUUCCAUGUUACAGAACAUGAUCAUCCAUAUGCACAAAAAGAACCUGAACCUAGUAAGGAACAAUCUCAACAACCAGUACAACCACAAAAACAAAAAAAAGAAACCGAAGAAACCAAAACGAGCUAG